AUGCUCGAGAAAAGUGUGACGACAUCUCCCGAGUCAAAACUCCCAUCCCCUACCCACAAUGAAGCUGCAUCUGUCCAACAAGAGUGCAAGAAGAUGGCAGAACAGACACGUUCGAACAUUGAAAAAUUUGUGGACGGUCUUAUGAGUGAGAAAUAUUCACUUGCUCAGUUAUUAAACGAGAGUUUUUCCCAUGAAAUGCUGGAACUUUUAUUUAAACGAAUGACGAGUCGUUUACGUGGUAUUUUAUUCUCAAGAGAGAAGACACUGGAGCUUAUUCGUCUUGCAUUAAAUGCAUCCCAUCCAUCCCAUACACGUGCGAUGGCAGCACAAUUUAUUGUUCUAGGCGGUGCAGUAAACGCUAUUGCUGCGUGUGAACCGGGACAACCGCAUCAAUGUUCGGAAUUCUGGGACUCUAUUUUUGACAUGUUGCAACGUGAAGCAGACGGUGUGUCAUCGAAAUGUGGCACCCCAUUGCGACGUAAAGAACGUCUUGCAUCUGUAGCUGAGAUGGAAGAACUUAUUCAAGUGGCUGUCCAAGUAUUUGAGAAAGAUGGGGCACAGACAUUGCAACAGAGUUUUGCUGAUCAUGAGGAAGAGAAUCAAGUUAUGGACGAAACUGUAGUGGACAGGAGAAGAUCUUUACGUGGAACAGAAGUCGAUGGUACGAAUGCUCGGACAAUUGUGUCGCCAUUGCACUCACCUGCAAAUGGAGAGACGCAGCUGUUGCGGGUAGAAAAGAAUGGAAACAAAGUGGUGAUGAGGGACAGUGUCGAGAUGUCUGGUGUGACGGAGAAUGAAGAAGACUCGGACUCGGACGGACCAGACGACACGGGGAUCCCGGCCCCACUGACGACCGAAGUCAACGAGACGGCCAUGUACGGUAUCUUCAGCCAUGACUCGGCCAACUUUGCGUCGCAGAUUCUUCGCUACUUUGCCAUUCGAGGACAGAAAGGUGCCUGCAUUUUGCACUUCUUGUCUGACCACCCUGCGACAGUGGACAUGCUGCUGGCCAACAUCGGCCACGAUGACAUUCGCACGUUGCUCCUGCACCUCAUUUACGCGGAGCACUCGGAGGUCGCCAUUACGUCACUGUUUGAAACGCACAUGAUGCAAAAGUUGAUUCAGAAACAGGUGACCUUUUCCCCGCCACGCAACGCCUUCGAGCGAGACGGCAUUGAAAAUACCUUCAUGUUGUUGCGUGAGAUCGUGCAUGCGCCGUAUUUGACAGGACGUGGCGUAGCCAUCUCAGCCAAAACCAUUCCACUGGACAACGUCACUGGUCAGGAUGAGUAUGUGUCGAUCUGUGGUGCCUCGCGUGAGACCGCCAACUCGGCGUUGCGUAAGUACACGUCACGCAAGGUGCGACGUCUGAUCCACUUGUUUAUGCAGGAACACCAGGCAGCGCUCGAGUUACUUUUCGUGCAAAUGAUAAAGGAGCUAACGUUCUGGAGUACACCGCUGACACAAGAGGGACGCAGCAAGGCAGCUUCGCUUGAUCCACUGAUGCUGCUGUCACAGGGCCACCCACGCCCGACGUGUAUUACAAUGCUCAUGCAUCUCUUUGAGCUGACCGAAACGGUGGAAUUUACUGACACUCGGAACACAGGCAACAAUUCGGCAGCAUCAGUGGGCAUCGACUGCCUCAACUUUUUGUGCUCCACGCAUCUGAUGCGGCAGGGAAAUCUGCUGGUAAGAAAGAAACUGAAGAACGAGCUCCAGCAAUGCCAGGUGAGUUUGAAUUGCAUGAUGGGACUCCGAAUGACGACACUGCGCGAAGAUCAAUCAGACUCGUUGCCCAGUCUGAAUCAAGCAUUUACUUCAAAUCGAGGUAACCAGAUUGUGAUUACUUUGGAUGAAAUGGAAAACGUGCAGAGCUCGGACUGGCAUCAGUUUGGGUUUUGUGUGACUGUCAAAAAGAAGGUACUCGAUGCUAGCAAGAGCUUAGUGGCUUCGCACCGUGCUGUUGUGCCUCCUGCGAACGCGAUGGUGCAUCAUCACCAACGCCGCAAUGGACGGGAAGAUGAUUCUGCGACGAUGGAGAUUAUAUCCAUCGAAUACUUUGCAGCGUCAUCUGAAGAAGAGAAGCAGGCGUGGAUUACACUAUUACAGGCGGUGAUAGAUGGCGAUCUGAACGAACUGGAAAUCUUUUGCAGUGAUGACUGGCGCAGCAACGUGCGUGAGUAUCGUCGCCUGCGUGAGUGCUUAAUCACGUGUAUGGAGCGCAAAGGCCACGAGCUUAUGGUUUUUCUGAAACAGGUCAUCACUGCCAACACCCGCAAAGCGUCGGGUUUCCAUCUAUGGUCCGUUGUGAAGUGUCUUAACUCUGUGUUGUCAAACGAAUCGAAGCGUCUGGACCGCAUGUUCGUAGAUGCUCAUGUGAUCACCACGCUCAUCACGUGCUAUGACAAAUACCCGAUGUGGAAUUUGCUGCUUGGUGAAAUAACAAAAAUGCUGCUGUUUUGCAUUGGCGAUUUCAAAAGUAAACGCUCGCGCAAAUGUCCGAUCAUUGGACGCAUUCUGCAGACAGAGGGACCUGACGCGAAAUUGGCGCCCUUACUUUGCACAGUAUAUUCAAACCAAGAUACGAGUGACAGCAAAGGGAAGCAGAAAUAUGAUACCAUGGCGGGUACCGAUGCCUUUUCUAACCUGAAGCUGAUAAUGGAGGCCCUUAAGAUGUGCUAUAAGGAUCCGAAAACGGGGAGCCAAACACGUAUUCAGUGCGAUAUGAGGAUCAAUCCAGUGUGGCGGAAAUUGGUUCAGGCAUCGGAAGACUUGGCAAAGAAAGAUCCUUUCAGCUCUAUCUUGACGGUUGGACGACCCCCUGCGCUAUCUUCUGCAGAUGGCAAAACCUCAACGACCUGGCCAUUUGAAACUGCUGCACCUACGCAACCCACGUUCCAGGAAGAUAUCAUUAAUCAGAUCAGCCCCCCAAGUUAUUCUACCGCCCAUGGCUUUGGCUCCUCCUUCUUAGAGGGUGACGGAUGUGCAUUUGGGUAUCUGUUUAAAGAGCGCCAGGGCGGACGGGAGUGGAAGAAAGCACUUGUUGUGUAUGAGUACGUCUCACAUAAGUUGUGGUACUUUUACCCGAGCGAAGUGAAUGAGACUCACGUGAUUAAGUGGAAAUGGAUCGUUCCGCUGUCUGUCCGCAGCCGCUACACACAUGGCCAAGAUGAGACUCACACGUCAGUGGGCCACCAUGGUCUCUAUAUAACGGCGUACGAUAACCAGCAAAGUGACGAGGAUGCGAAUGUCUCAGCGAAGGAGAUGCAUUUCAGUGUUACUAAACUAGAGGAUAGAGAUCUGUGGAAGGAUUUACUGUCUACCGCGGUCGACACAAUUCAAAAGAUGUCCCGCGAUUAUACAGUGCUGUCGCAGAAACUGAAGAAACCCGACAAAAAGAUAGUUACGCACUGCCAAGACCCAAGUUGCAACACGCUGUUCAAGCUCUUUCGUCGUCCACACUCGUGUAAGCGUUGCGGCAAGUGGAUGUGUGCCAAGUGCACUUCGCAACGCAUGUCGAUUCCCGAAGUGGGUUUACUGCAUCCUGUCCGACAUUGUCGUAAAUGUUUUGAAGCGCAUGGAGGUACACACGCUGAGGUGGAACCUUUCAAUCUGUUUCAUCUCGCGUCACGAAACGGUAGCAGUAUAAAUGGUGCUGAUUCCAAUGUGACGACGGCGGGUUUGCAAAAUGGUACAUUGUCCAAUGCAGAGCUGUAUGAGCUAGCACAUGGUACCGUCUCGCCGCGCAAUUUGACGCAAAUGAACCGUCGUUUGACUCGCAUGAGUUCGAUAGAGUCACCCACAGCAUUUGACAAUGGAAGUGGGUUCCAUGUUGAUGAAAUUGAUGCACCGGGUAACCUCGGAGUGGAAAAUUUUGCCACUUUUGCAGAUGAAGAAGACGAUGUUUCUCCAUUUUCGUCAUUUAUGUCUCGUCGCAGUUUGCUGAAUCCUCGAGAAGAUAUUCGUGGCUAG